AUGAAGAAUGAGAGCCUGAGGGAAAAAGGGAACAUAUUGUAUGAAAUGAGAAAGGAAGAACUUGCUGGGGAGACUCCUCAGCACGCAUUCUGCUCCACUGCUCCAGUGAACACAAAGGGGAACCUUCAGUACUUCGACAUCCCAUUCAACUUCAAGACAGACAGAGACACAGCAAUUCACAGCAGAAAAGUUGUGUGCAGCAUACCAAAUGUCCAUGUUGUGACAUUCAUCUAUAUGCACAGCAAUGUGCAAGUUGGAGAUCUGUAUCAUGCGAGAGAUCUGUAUCAUGCGAGAGAUCUGUAUCAUGCAAGUAAGACAGUGUCAUCAAUAGAGGAUCUGUACCAGGCCACGCAGGCAUCUGGACCUGCUGUCAAGACAAAGUCUUCUGUAACAGAGACUAAGCCUGUAGUUGCCAAACGACAAUUCAAGCUUGUCGGCUCUGGCAAGAAAGCUCAGGCUGCUAAGAAGGCUGUGUCUCUGAUUGAUGAUGAGGCUGCUGGUAGUGAUGAUCAGGAGAGUGAUGCUGAGGAGGGUGAUGUCACCAAUGAUAGUGAGGAGGAGAGUGUUGAGGCUGUUGAGGACAUAGAGGAGGAUACGGAUGACGAGGUAGUGGUUGUUGAGGUUCCUAAAUCAGCUAAGAAGCCCCGUGGAAAGCUCACAAGGAAACCAUCUGUGUUGGAACUGUCUCAGUCCAGCCCUGACUGGGACAAUGACCUGAUUGGCUUAACUCCACAGAGCCCUGUCAAGUGGUUUGUGCAGUCACACACAAGGGCAGGUCUCACAAGAAGCGGUAAAUACCUAGAAAUAUUGUGCAGUGUCAUAUGUACUAACUGUGGGUUAAGCGAUGAGCAUCCAAGCCCAGGCGAUGAUGACAGUCUGACUGCCUCCCCAACAAAGAAGCCUCGAGGGACAGUUGCCAAGGGCAAGGGCAAGGCAAAGCAGGAUGCCAUUAUUUCUGAUGCUGAGGAGAAUGUGUUCCUUGACAGGAAAUCCAGCAGCAGUAGUGACAUGUACAUCGGGAAGCAGAGUCUUGAACCAGUUGUAGAAGUAUCUGAGGCAAAGAGCUCAUUGAAGAAGAAGAAGGGCAAGGAUGUUGUGUAG